UCAGUAUUCCGCGUGUGCGCCAAUCCGCCGCACAAUUCGGCUUAUUCAUCCAGCGUGUCGUGAAUCGUGAGCUCGAUGAUCGAAAUGAAGCGAAAAAUCCACGAAUCCGUGGCGCGCCGUUAAAAGAGUGCCGGACUCGGGACGAGGGUCCGCGAUAAUUCUCGAGUGCCAACUUGCCGCGUGCAGUGUGCAGCUUUUGUCUGCUGCCGCGCGCUCCUUAAAAACAAGACACGCGCGUGUGUAUAUACUUACCUAUAUUAUAUCGCAAAAGAGCUAAAUUUAUAAGCGUUCGUUGCAGCAGGCAGUGCCGACGUUUUCUCUAUAUAGCGCAUAUACAAUAGGCACAUCAGUAAGACAGUGGUCCAACUGAUCCGCCUGCAGAGGGACGGCAACAUUUCGCCGGUAUAUAUAACUCACCUACACGUCUGUGUUCAUGCUUUAAGGAGAGCUUCAAAUUAUUGUGUAUACACAUCAACACGCCGACGCACAAUAUGAGCCAGAACAAGCAUUUACGAGUGUUGGGACUCGAUCGCUGUGGAUCAAUGAAACUCAUUGUCGCGAUCAUCAGUUGUUUGCUGAUCCAAUCAUGCGAACCAAAAUUAUUAAGAAUGUUUCAAGAUUUAAGAACCAACGUAAUAAGGGCUGAAUAUAAUCAGACGUACGAGUACAAAGUAGACUCGAAAAAUCAGUUCCUGUUUAUCAUAGAAGAAAAUAUUGACUUGAAACACCUUCAGUCGAGCACACUUUUUACGGCGUCCCGGGUAGUCGUCGAGAGCGAGAACGCGACGCUGCAGAAACCUUUGACGGUAGUCAUACGUCAAAAGAGCGGCGUGAUAUCUUGGCAAAUCCCUGCUAGAGUGGACGAGAAUCCUAACUUUUACAGGGAUGCUCAUUACUACAAGAAAACGAGCAAGUUACUGUGCCCGAGCGCCUACGGGGACUUGAAGCUGGAGGAAAAGUACGCUACUUUAACUAUUAGUACGGAAAGUGCGGAUGCAACCGAUUUCAAGCUGAAUCUUGUGAAAAUGAAAGAUUUCGAUAUUGGCAUCGGCGAGAAUCGAACUUUUAACAUUACGCCGGCGGAGUCGAAUUUUUAUUCCUACCGGCCGGAUGAGGAUCACUCGACGGUGCUCAUCGAAGUCAACUCGGACAGCCUCACUUGCAUGACCAUAUCAAUUCAGAAGCCAUUGUGUCCUGUGUUUGAUUCAGAGGAAGAUAUUCAUUACGAUGGAUAUCGACAGACCGUCAGCACUAGAGGUGGAUUAACGGUUUCGAGCGACAAUUACCCCGAUGGAUUUUUCAUAGUUUUCGUUUUGAACGCGGACGACAGCAGCUGUAUACGCAAUUCGUCCAACAAAGACAUAAACAAUCGCAGCAAGCUAGUGUCGUUCAACAUCCAAAAAGGAAUCUCGAAGAAAGACUACGCGAUCGCCUCGCUCAUCACGGUGGUCUCGCUCAUGCUAUUCUGCGCCGCCUUCUUCGCCAUGACGAUACUGUGCAAGUUCCACGACUUCCGCGCCUUUCAACGGCGCACUUCGACAUCCUCGAGACGCGAGUCCGAUCCGGCUGGCCCGGAAGAGAUGGGCAUAGCCGGCUCGAACGAAGUCGCGACGUCGAACGGCGCUGGCGGUGGCGAGGACAAUAACGCACAGGACGACGAGAUCGACACAGCCGUGACGGUGCGCACCUCGCUGUCGUCGAAGCGGCCGAAGCUGGCCGUGACCGAGCUGUCGAAAAAGGGAAGCCGCAAGAUACACCAGGAUUCGUGGCUGUUCAUGUACUACCUGCUGACCGUGGCCAUAUUUUAUGCCGCACCCGUCAUCCAGUUGGUCGUUACAGAUCAAAUAAUGCUCCACGUGACCGGCAAUCAGGAUCUCUGUUAUUACAACUUCCUCUGCUCGCACCCGCUCAUGUCCCUCUCGGAUUUCAAUCACGUCUUGUCCAAUCUUGGCUACGUCAUGUUGGGCUUACUAUUCAUGACUAUUGUUUACACGAGGCAGCGCAAAAAUGCCAAUUUGCUCUUGAUGCAUCGGGAGUACGGAAUACCACCUCACUAUGGCCUUUACUAUGCCAUGGGAUUUGCCUUGGUCAUGGAGGGUAUAAUGUCCGGCAGUUAUCACGUAUGCCCCAGUCACAGCACUUUCCAGUUCGACACCAGCUUCAUGUAUAUAAUGGCGGUAUUGUCAAUAGUUAAAAUUUACCAGAAUCGUCAUCCGGACGUCAACGCCGAAGCCCCGACGAUUUUUGGUAUUCUGUCUAUAACGAUAUUGUUCGUCAUCAUUGGAGUACUGAAGGGUGAUGUGAUAUACUUCUGGAUCAUUUUCAGCAUCAUUCAUUUGGGUCUUUGCAUUUUUUUGAGCGUUCAAAUUUAUUAUGUGGGACGUUGUAAAUUUGAUAAAACUAUAUUUCGUCGAAUGGCAGCGAGCGUUAAAAAUGACGUCAGCCGGAGGCGAUUGUUCCGACCUCUACAUUGGAAAAGGUUUUUCUUACUGAUUGUUGGCAACCUUUGUAAUUUUGGUCUAGCCAUUUACGGUAACGUCAAUAUCAAACAAGAUUUCGCAAAGUACUUGUUGACGAUUCUGCUGUUGAACCUUUUGCUUUACAUGUUGUUCUACACCACACUCAAGAUUCACUAUAAGGAAAAGAUUUUAUUGCAGACAAAAGUGUACAUUGUUAUCGCGAUGUUAACUUGGGCAGCAGCCAUGUAUUUUUUCCUCAACAAAACAACGUCUUGGUCCAAGACGCCGGCACAAUCGCGCACUUACAAUCAGGCCUGCGUUUUGAAAUUCUACGAUUUCCAUGAUAUUUGGCACAUUCUUUCGGCAAUAUCCAUGUUCUUUUCGUUUAUGAUGUUAUUGACACUCGACGAUGAUCUUAUUAAUACGCAUCGGAGUCUCAUACCAGUUUUUUAAAACUUCAUCUCAUGUGAUAUGUUGCAAUUUUGAUAAAUCGAACGAUCUUUGUUAAAGCUAUGCCUUUUCAAGACCUAUUCGAUUUAUCACAGUAUUAAUUGUUUUUUACAGACUAUUUUAUUGUUUGCAGUAAAAAUUGCAUUGAACAUUUAUUGAUCAACUCAUUAUAGUUAAUGGACUAGAACCAAUUUUUAUAAACACGAACAAG